AUGAAGAUUUCAAUCUUUGCUCAUCUCACUUUCGGCGCUGCGGCGGCAUUCGCCGGAUCGGCGUCAGUAUGCCCAAAGGUCAAUUCGCACGCUUCUGGCGCGGGAUUGCAGAAGAUCCUCGACUACAGGAAGAGCGAUCAUCAAAUCAUGGCUGCAUACUUUCGGUCGUGGAGAGACAUUGCGAGCAAUCCAGACGUCAACAAGGUUUCAAUGAACGAUCUGCCCGACUGCCUCGACAUUGCCUUUGUGUUUCCCGAGGGCAGCGAGACGGACGCAUUCUACACGGCUCUCAAGGAAAAGUACGUGCCUACGCUAAGGGGGCGCGGCACCAAGGUAGUCAGGUCCAUCAACGUCGGCGAGCUUUUAAACAGCAACUACUCCAACACGCCUGCGGGCUACCAAAAGCUGGCCGAGCAUAUCCUGCAGACAUUCGUCACGGUCUACGACCUAGAUGGCCUGGAUGUCGACGUCGAAAGAGACCUCUACGGCUCACAGCUCGAGCAGGCAACUGGUGUGUUUGAGGCGCUCUCUAAAUCGCUCGGCCCUAGGUCUAAGACUGGAAAGCUAUUGAUCUACGACACCAACCGGGAUGGCGAUACGCCGCUGUUCCAGGCGGUAAACUCGACUAUUGACUACGUCUUGGUUCAGUCUUACGGACGCGACCCGAGCUCGACGCAGCACACCUUUGACACGUACAAGCCGUACAUCACGGGCCAGCAGUACCUUAUUGGGUUUUCGUUUUACGAGGAGCACGGUGCCGAUUGGGGUGACGCCGUUGCCCCGAUGCAAACGAGCAGGGCCUACCAAUACGCACAGUGGCAGCCGGCGGGAGGGCGGAAGGGCGGUAUUUUCUCCUACGCCGUCGACCGCGACGGCGUGCCGCCGGGCGAUGAUGCCAUUGUGCCGACUGAUUUCAGCUGGACUCGCGGGCUCAUUUCGGCGAUGAAUCCUUGA